AUGGACGACGCAAUUCCAGAGUCGAAACGUGAUGGAGCCUAUUACGAAUCUCUUGCACGGAAACACAAAUCAAAUAAUGAGUGGAAAGCGGCAGGUGAUGCAUUUGUGCAGGCUGCGAAUAUGUAUGAACAGAAAGGCAACAAGUAUUAUGCCCAUUUGGGCUACCACAACGCUGUUGAAUGUUUUCUCAACAUCGAUCCGCGGAUGGCCAUUGAAGCGCUGAAGAAGGCGAAGUUGUUAGACGAUGAUCAAGACAAUGACACAAUGUUUGCACAAAUAUACAAACGCUACCUCAACGACUUGGAUAAGGCGUCAGAACACUACGAACUUGCCUCCUUCUACCAGGAAAGAAGGGGUGAAAGCCACUGGAGUGAGAAAGCUCUGAACAAGGCAGCUCGCUGUGCUGCAACUGGUGGAAACUUCGAGAGGGCUGCCAAAAUGUUCGAAAAGGUGGGUGGGUUUGUUGCAGACUUUCACCUCCUCUCCUCGUCUUAUAUUUGUUCAAACAAUCCAAGUCGCCGGCCAUCUGGUUCUCCUUGUUAUUUCGUGCUCUUUAAGCAGCAUAGGUCCAAAUGCUGA